AUGUGGUGGACAAUUUGUUUGGAUGUCGUGAAUACGGCGAGGUCAAAUGGUUUUUAUUGGGCUUGCCGCUGUUAUUUCUUUUUUGAUUUCCAAUUGGCAGAAUGCCAAUAUAUAUGUAUCUCUCUCUGUCUCUCUGUCUCUCUUUUUAUGGAUUUAAUUGCGGUUGACAUCUGGUGCCUGUUGGGGAGAGGGGAAGGGAGGGGGAGAAUAGGAAGGAAGACAUCUCUUUAUUAUUAUUAUUAUUAUUAUUUUUGGUUGUUGUUGCUGCACGGAAUGCCUGGGGGAGUUUACACAAUUGCGGAGGUGGCAAAACAUGCCGUAAAGAAGGACGGCUGGUUGAUCAUCAACAACGAUGUCUACAACGUCUCUAAAUUUUAUGAUGAUCACCCGGGCGGCAGGGACGUGCUGUUGAAUCUUAUUGGCGCGGACGCCACGGAUGCCUUUGAGGCGGUGCAGCACAGCGACGCUGCAAAGAGACUGCUGGCGGGCUUAAAGAUUGGUACAUUGGCGCAGGCGGAUGCAAAGAAGUACAUGCGGCUUAACGAUGUCAAGGAGAGGCAGAGGAGGGCAACAGAGAAGACGGCAUGUUGGCUGGUCAUUGCAAACAAAGUCUACGACUUGACGUCAUUUACGGAGCUUCAUCCCGGCGGCCGCGAAGUGCUUCUCUGUGAGGCCGGAACCGACGCCACACUGGCGCAUGAGAAAAUUGGUCACAGUGAACAGGCAAAAGAAAUGAUGAAAUCGUAUGUGGUUGCAGAGUUACACCCCGAUGACAGAGGAUCCACCACAGCCACCGCGAAAGAGUCUCUGGAGAAAAAUUCAAACUCGGUCUAUACCCGCGCGAAGGAUACAUCCGUGCGUGAUUUUGUUUUGGCUCAAAUUCAAUUGAUGGUAUUUCUUUUGUUGGGGAUCGUGGCUGUUGGGUUUGCGCUGGUUUACGUUUGA